UUUGCAGCAAAGUCUUCCUUUACUCCACACACGCUUCUAAGCCUCGCUACUAACUACACUUUAUUCAUCCUCCGUGUCAGGAUAAACUCCACUCGUCUCAGUCAACUUUGGACAUUAUUAGGCCCGCUUAGCUUGCUACUUGUUUUAGCGCGCUAGUUAGCUUAGCGUGCUAGUUAGCUUAGCGCGCUAGUUAGCUUAGCUUGUUAGCUGCUAACAAAGAGACGCGGAUUUGAUCAACACAUCGCUUAGUUAAGAUCAAGUGUGAGUGUAAAGUGUUGUGAUUGUGUGAAAAUGUGUGAAAGAACGAUAGCAGAGUACAAAGAAGAACUUUCUCGGACAAAAGAAGAGAACAAGAGACUACGUCAACUACUGGACGCUGUUUUCAAGAAACCUCAAGUUGUGUUACACAGAACAGACGUCUGUGAAAAAUAUCGUCCACCUGAGCAGCAGGAGGGGUCCUCCAGUAUGGAGCAGAAGAGGUCACAGCACCUCCACGUGAAAGAAGAGGAGCCACAGUCCCCCCACUUUAAAGAUGAAGAAAAACAGCGGCUGACCCCCCACUUCAUAGAGGAAGACAAGAGACACCUCAUCAGUGUGAAGAGUGAAGAUGAUGAGGUCAAAAGUGAAAGUGAGGAGAAGAGAGAGGCGGAGCCUCCAAGCAGCAGCUCAACACAACACAUGACAACAGAAGCUGAUGGAGACCACUGUGGAGGAUCACAAGCAGACAAGAUCUUAGCUCCACUAUCAGAUAGUGAGGACACAACGUCACACUCUCCUGACACUGAUGAUGAACACUCUAAAGAUGAUGCAACAUGUCACACUGACAACACUCACUUCACAUGUUCUCUCUGUGACAAAACCUUUCAGUACCAUAGUUCUCUGAAAAGACACAUGAGAACACACACUGGAGAAAAACCUUUUUCCUGCUCAGAAUGUGGUAAAAGUUUUGCACUAACUCAAAGUUUAAAAGUACACAUGAGAACACACACUGGAGAACAACCUUUUUCCUGCUCAGAAUGUGGUAAAAGUUUUGCACUAACUCAAAGUUUAAAAUUACACAUGAGAAGACACACUGGAGAAAAACCUUUUUCCUGCUCAGAAUGUGGUAAAAGUUUUGUACUAAAUCAAUAUUUAAAAGUACACAUGGGAAGACACACUGGAGAAAAACCUUUUUCCUGCUCAGAAUGUGGUAAAAGUUUUGUAGUAGAUGAACGUUUAAAAGUUCACAUGAGAACACACACUGGUGAAAAACCUUUUUCAUGUUCAAUCUGCGGUAAAGAUUUUACUCAAAGGCACCAUUUAAAAUUACACAUGAGAACCCACUCUGAUGAAAAACCAUACUCCUGUUCAAGCUGCAGCAAAAGCUUUCGUCACCUAAACACUCUUAGAGCACACAUGAGAACACACACAGGUGAGAAAGUGUGUAGUUGCAGUGUGUGUGGUGAAAGAUUGUCUUCUAAGUACCAGUGUAAGAAACACAAGUGUGCUGGUGAGAACAGCAGCAGCAAAUGAAACUGCAGGAUUUGAAAUAAACUGUCUAAACUUUAACUUUGACUUUCUAACAACAUCAGCACAUAUAACAUGUGUGACUUCAUUGUUGUGUGUGUAACACAAUCUUGUUAAUAUGAUUCUAACAGUUAUAGAUUAGACACUUCAGAUUAGUGCUUUUAUUUCAGUCAAGUACAUGAGUUAAUAUACACAUUUGUGUAAUUUAAAAUGAACAGAACAAUUGGACUGAAAAGGUGGAAAUAAACAGUACAUAAAAUAUGUUACAUUCAAUAAACAUUUUAUAUGUAGAUAUUCAUAAUUCACUUUUAUAAUUAUUCAUAAUAGUGUUUUGUAUAUGUUUUUUGAAAUAAUGAUGGGUUCUAUAGAUGAACUCCUUUAUAUGAUGUACAUAUUUGUUUUACAUGUGUUCAUACCUUUGCUUUUGAGUACACAUAAAUCCUUCUUAGUUCAUAUUUACUGGUUCACAUGUGAAACAUCUUCUGGACCACUUCUGGAAGCAUAUUAUUAUUUACUUUAUACAUCAUUUGAGCUGUUGUCUUUUAUACAAGAUCAUUUACUUUUAAAAUGUGUGACUUUAUGAAUCAUUUGUUGGGUCUCUAUAAUCCAUUCUCUUAAUUGUCUUUAUUACUCUCUUGUGUAAUAUGAAUAUUGUUGUGUGAUUGUUUUAUAUGUAUGUCCCCAGACCUUUAUGCAAUAAACAAUG